ACCAUUUACCCUAUCAAUGGAGCCCAUGUUCAUGCAACUUAGGGUGCCCAAUCAUGGAUGUUUCUGUGAAAACCAGCGACUACAUCAACACAUUGGGGAAAAUUAAUGAUUCGUUCAAGGUUGGAAAGUGAAAAGAUGGCAUCAUUUACAUAAUCCCUUUUAAUCGAAAUGAUUAAAGAUCAAGGAAAUAUCAGGAAUGGUGAUGUAUGGAUGGAUAUCUUCUUUGAGGAGUAAUGUCCUGUUCAAAGGAAAGACCAUGUCGGUGUGUUACAAUUUCCAAUUUCAAAUUUGUUAGGAUUAGAAAGGUCAAUGAGGCUUGCCUUUCACACACACCUUUGUUCUACCAAAACAAUCAAAUAAAAAACAGAAGGGAAAAGAAAAUCUAGAAAGUUGUUGAAAAUCAGCAUUUCUGUGAAAAAAUGGAAGAAAAAUCUGAAGAAUGAAUGUUUGAUAAGGAAAAAAUGGAAGAAGAAAUGAGGAAAUGGAGUUGGGGUGGGGAGGGGAGUGAAGAGGAGGGUGCCAUGGAUGUGGGUGGAGCGGUGUUGUCCCCAUGUUGAGGAUGAAUAUCCAUGUGCUAUUCAAUACUUUUUUUUUUCUCUUCAGUACCUCCCACUAUAAUAAUUUAUGAAUUUCAGUAUAUGUAAAGUAUAAUUUAUUGCAUCAUAUAUGCGAUAUAUCUUCACAGCAUCCACAAUUCCUCCAAUUUUUCUAGCCAGCGUUGUCUCCUCUCCUUCCUUUUUCUAUAUUUUUCUAUCCCAAAACCCACUGUUCCUCUGACAAAGACUCAAUUCCUUCCGCGGCUUUAUCUGUAGAUCGAGAGCAGGGCAGUUCCACACGCGGAGAAAAAGACUUAAUAGUCUCAAACCACCACCCACCCACUUCUCCAAAUCUCUUUUCCAAUCUGGGAUUUCAGUUUUCCUCUGUAUCUCUACCUUCCCUUCUCGGUUUUCCUGGCUCCCUCCAUUCCCAAGAGAGCUUUAAAUGCUCUGUUUCUGACACUGCUUCUUGGGUUUUGCUUUGUUUUAUUUUUCUUUUCUGGGAUUGUUGGUGGGUGUUUCUGAAACAUGUGGGUUUUUAUUCUUUGCCUCCUCAACAAAAGCAUCUCUCAAUCUUUUUCCCUUUUUUUAAAUCUUCGGGAAUGAGAUGGGUCUGUGAAACCGAGCGGUGCAUGUCUUCCUGUACUCCACUGUUUCGCGAUUUUUGUAGUUGGUUUGCUUCAAAUGAGUGACGAACACAAGGGUUUUGGCUUGGUUAUUGAGUAGAUGCUAAUUCAGCUAUUGAUUUGAGGGGAAAAAUGGGAUCUGGGAAUGGGUUCUACGAGUCGGAGGAGUUCAAUUUAGAUGCCAAGUGGUUGGUCGAUCCUAAGCUACUGUUCGUUGGACCGAGAAUUGGAGAAGGUGCUCAUGCCAAAGUGUAUGAAGGAAAGUAUAAGAACCAGAAUGUUGCUAUUAAAAUUGUUCACAGAGGAGAAACACCAGAGGAGAUUGCCAAGAGAGAAGGCCGGUUUGCAAGAGAGGUUGCAAUGCUGUCUAGAGUUCAACACAAAAAUUUAGUGAAGUUCAUUGGCGCUUGCAAGGAACCUGUCAUGGUAAUAGUUACUGAGCUUCUAUUAGGUGGGACAUUACGAAAAUACCUGCUGAACCUGCGGCCAAGGUGCUUGGAUACAAAGGUGGCAGUUGGUUUUGCACUGGACAUUGCUCGAGCAAUGGAAUGCUUACAUUCUCAUGGGAUCAUACAUCGUGACCUGAAACCUGAAAACUUGAUCCUGACUGCAGAUCACAAAACUGUCAAACUUGCGGAUUUUGGCUUAGCCAGAGAAGAGUCAUUAACAGAGAUGAUGACUGCCGAAACUGGAACGUAUCGUUGGAUGGCUCCAGAGCUUUAUAGCACAGUAACAUUGAGGCAUGGAGAGAAGAAGCAUUACAAUCACAAGGUGGAUGCCUACAGCUUUGCUAUUGUACUGUGGGAACUCGUUCAUAAUAAGUUGCCAUUUGAAGGCAUGUCAAAUCUGCAGGCAGCCUAUGCAGCUGCUUUUAAGAAUAUGAGGCCUAGUGCCGAGGACCUCCCAGAGGACUUGGCUUUAAUUGUCACUUCAUGUUGGAAAGAGGACCCAAAUACUCGGCCUAACUUCAGCCAAAUAAUACAGAUGCUCCUACAUUAUCUCUCCACUAUUUCACCGCCGGAGCCCAUGGUCCCACCGAGGGUUUUCACUUCUGAGAAUGCUGUCUUGCCACCAGAGUCUCCGGGUACAAGUUCGUUGAUGGCGGUAAGAGAUGGCUCAGGAGAAACCCCAAAAACCAGUAUGGAGACCAACCCAAGAGGUUGCUUCUCCUGCUUUAACCACUGCUACUGAUCCCCUGAGGAGCAAGGUCUCUUCUUUGGAGGUAUCCAAGUUACCGUUAGGGAAAAGCACAAUGAACUACAUAGCCUCAAAUAUUACAAAACUACAUCUUGAUAAAGAAACUGUUAAUUUGUUCUGAUAUGCGAGUUCAGUUGCCAUAGGAAGCUGCCUUGUAAUCUGAUGCUACUGCUGAAUUUGCACACUCUCUUACAUGGACUUCAAUCUUCAGACAGGCCCAACAUGCUUUUUAGGGUUUUGGAGUUGGGGUUGCUGUGAUGUAUUAUCAUUUGUAAAAUAAAGUUCAUCCAAAUGCCUUUUCUCCAAGUUCAUGUAAGAAUUUCUCCACUGAUUGACAUUCAGAUCCUCCUAUUCACAUUAAGCCUUAUGAAUGUGACACACAACAUUUGAUUGA